UUCAGUUGCGUUGGCAGUUCGAGGAAGGCAGACGGCGAUGGCGGCUGUCGCAGCCGACUCAGCCGCGGCUGCCGUCGCGGCGGUCGCUGAGGACAGAGAGCCACAGCACGAGGCAAUGCCUGGGCUGGACGACCAGUGGCGCCAAAUUGAGAAUGGGCGAGAGCGUCCACUGCGAGCGGGCGAAAGCUGGUUCCUUGUUGAGCAGCACUGGUAUAAACGAUGGGAGGUUUAUGUGCAGGGAGGAGACCGGGAUGCUAGCACCUUUCCUGGUUGCAUCAACAAUGCUGAGCUCUUUGCAGAUAAGAUAAACUGGCACCUCAGGGAAGGACUGCUGGAAGGAGAGGAUUACGUGUUACUCCCAGCUGCUGCUUGGCACUACCUUGUCAGCUGGUAUGGCCUAGAACAUGGCCAGCCACCUAUUGAACGGAAGGUCAUAGAACUGUCCAACAUCCAAAAGGUGGAAGUGUACCCAUUAGAGCUACUGCUGGUCCAGCACAGUGAUAUGGAAACAGCUGUCACUGUUCAGUUUAGCCAUUCUGAUUCUUUGGACCUAGUCUUGAGCACAGCUCGGGAGCAGUUUCUAGUGGAGCCCCAGGAAGAUACACGCCUCUGGAUCAAGACCUCAGAGGGUUCUUUGGAUCGGUUGUAUAACACACACAUAUCACUGCUUGAUGCCUCCCUUGAGACUGGACAGUUGGUCAUCAUGGAGACCCGAAACAAAGAUGGCACUUGGCCCAGCGCCCAGCUGUGUGGCAUGAACAACAUGUCGGAAGAGGAUGAGGACUUCCAGGGCCAGCCGGGCAUCUGUGGCCUUACCAAUCUGGGCAACACGUGCUUCAUGAACUCGGCCCUACAGUGCCUCAGCAAUGUACCACAGCUCACAGAGUAUUUCCUCAACAACCGCUACCUGGAGGAGCUCAACUUCCGGAACCCCUUGGGCAUGAAGGGUGAACUUGCUGAGGCUUAUGCAGAUCUGGUGAAGCAGGCAUGGUCUGGCUACCACCGCUCUAUCGUUCCAAGUGUGUUCAAGAACAAGGUUGGCCAUUUUGCAUCCCAGUUUCUGGGCUACCAGCAGCAUGAUUCCCAGGAGCUCUUGUCAUUCCUCCUGGAUGGGCUGCACGAGGACCUCAACCGAGUGAAGAAGAAGGAAUAUGUUGAGCUGUGCAAUGCUGCUGGACGGCCAGAUCAGGAGGUGGCUCAGGAGGCCUGGCAGAACCACAAACGACGAAAUGAUUCCGUGAUUGUGGACACUUUUCAUGGCCUCUUCAAAUCCACGCUCGUGUGUCCUGAUUGUGGCAAUGUGUCUGUGACCUUCGACCCCUUCUGCUACCUCAGUGUCCCACUGCCAGUCUAUCACAAGAGGGUCUUGGAGGUCUUCUUUGUCCCCAUGGAUCCACGCCGCAAACCAGAGCAGCACCGGGUUGUGGUCCCCAAGAAAGGCAAUAUCUCAGAUUUGUGUGUGGCUCUGUCCAAGCACACAGGUGUUGCACCAGACAAGAUGAUAGUGGCUGAUGUCUUUAGUCACCGAUUCUAUAAGCUUUACCAGCUGGAAGACCCUCUAAGUGGCAUCUUGGACCGUGAUGAUAUUUUCGCAUAUGAAGUGUCUGGCCGGAUUGAACCCAUUGAGGGUUCAAGAGAUGACAUUGUGGUUCCUGUCUACCUGCGGGAGCGUACCCCAACACGAGACUUCAACAAUUCCUACUAUGGUCUGAUACUUUUUGGGCACCCUCUCCUGGUGUCGGUGCCCCGGGACCGAUUCUCCUGGGAGGGCCUGUAUAACAUCCUGAUGUACCGGCUUUCACGCUACGUGACCAAACCCACCUCAGAUGAAGACGAUGGGGAAGAGAAAGGAGAAGGCGAGGAGGAUGAUGAAGACAGCAGCAGUGAUGAAGAGAAAGAGGAAAUGCCUGGACCUUCCAAUAGGAUCAGCCCCCAAGACUCAGAACAGGAGCAGGCUGGGCCCAGUUCCGGGGCCACUAGGAGAUGCCCAUUCCUUCUAGACAACUGCCUUCGUACAUCUCACUGGCCCCCAAGGCGACGUCGCAAGCAACUGUUCACCCUGCAGACGGUGAACUCCAAUGGGACCAGUGACCGUACCACCUCCCCUGAAGAAGUACAAACCCAGCCAUACAUCGCCAUGGACUGGGAGCCAGAGAUGAAGAGGCGCUACUAUGAUGAAGCAGAAGCUGAGGGCUAUGUGAAACAUGACUGUGUGGGCUACAUGAUAAAGAAGACCCCAGUGCAGCUGCAGGAGUGCAUCAAGCUCUUCACAACUGUGGAAACCCUAGAGAAGGAGAACCCCUGGUACUGCUCCUGCUGUAAGCAGCACCAGCUGGCCACCAAGAAACUGGAUCUGUGGAUGCUGCCUGAAGUUCUUAUUAUCCACCUGAAGCGCUUCUCCUUUUCCAAAUUUUCUCGUGAGAAGCUGGACACCCUGGUGCAGUUUCCUAUUCGGGAUCUGGACUUCUCCGAGUUUGUCAUCAAACCUCAGAACGAGUCGGCUCCUGAAUUAUAUAAAUAUGAUCUCAUCGCAGUUUCCAACCAUUAUGGGGGCAUGCGUGAUGGACAUUACACAACAUUUGCCUGCAACAAGGACAGUGGCCAGUGGCACUACUUUGAUGACAAUACUGUCUCACCUGUGAAUGAGAAUCAGAUUGAGUCCAAGGCCGCCUAUGUCCUGUUCUACCAGCGCCAGGAUGUAGGACGCCGCCAGGCUCAGCCUGGCUCAUCGGGCCCCCCAGUCUCUCCUGCCUCCAGUUCCCCAUCCAACCCCGAGUUCAUGGAUGUUAACUGAGUGGCCCUGGGAUCUGCUACAGGGAAGGAAGUCCCUCUGCCCCUCCUGAGAUCUACCCCACUACCUUACCUAUGUUCCAUGGCCCUCCUCAAGGCAUUGCAGGCUUAGUCUGUGGCUACUGUUCUUCUGUGCUGCUGCAUUGCUUUCCUGGGAAGAAGAGGCUCUGUGCCCCUGGCAGUGUGCCCCUGCCUAUGUGUGCCCGUACAUCAGUGACUUCCCCUCCUAGUCCUAUUUAUAGUGCCCCCUCCCUUCUUUCCUCAUUCUGGAGUGUUCUUAGUGGCUGGUGAUGGGGGUUAACCUGGACACAGAGUGUAUUUUCUUAUGGAGAUCCUGUACCUUCUGCUGUGUGUUAUAUAUAUAAAGCUGCAGUCUGUAUCUCA